ACAGUGUUAUCAAAUCAAGUAGAAUCCAUCAUGGUUUUGUUGUUUUGUAGUGUUUACGUUUUUAUUGAUGCUAAAAUUAUGUAUUUAAUGCGAUCCAAGAUCAGUCUGACAUAGGUUUGGCGGACUUUCGUAUCGACCGUUGAGUUUGUGUUCGGCGAACGGUGCUCGCCAUGUACUCGAAAGGCAAAGGGUCGUCGGUGCCGUCGGACGCACAGGCCAGAGAAAGGUUAGCGCUUUAUGUUUACGAAUACCUAUUACACACAGGCGCCUCCAAAGCGGCGCAAACGUUCCUCAGCGAGAUUCGCUGGGACAAAAACAUCACACUAGGCGAGCCACCCGGGUUCCUCAGUUCUUGGUGGUGCGUAUUUUGGGAUCUAUACUGCGCGGCGCCCGAACGCCGUGACAACUGCGAACAUUCCAGCGAAGCCAAAACAUUCCACGACUAUGGUUUCGUUAAUCCGACCAAUUACAACCCCGGUGGUGUCAAUGGCAUUGGACACAACACUGGACCAUCCCCAGGACCGAUGGGCCCGAUGCCGCCCAACGAUUCAAUUCCUCCCGGACCCGGAAUGCCGCCAAGCUUUUUCAACAACUCAAACAUGAGACCGUCUCCCACUCAUCCUGUAUCACAAUCGAGCCCUCAUCCACCACCCAAUGCUCCCCACAAUCAAAUGAUGAAUCAGCCUUUUAUGGGCCCUAGGUACCCCGGUGGACCUCGGCCCGGUGUAAGAAUGCCACCACAUAUGCCUAAUGAUUUCAAUAGCCCAAACCAACCUAUGAUGAAUAAUAUGGAUAUUAUGCGUCCUGGACCACCAGUAAUGAAUCCGAGAAUGAAUCUAUCACGGGGUGGCUAUGGUCCUCCAAUGCGGGGUAUGCCUCCUGGUAAUGUCAUGGGCCCCGGUCCUGGCCCUGGAAUGCAUCCUGGUAUGGGCAUGGGUCCAGUCGGUCGACCACAGUGGACACCAGGUAAUCCAAAUCAUCCAAUGGGUUAUACAUCUUCAUCACCUGGGAAUUACCCACAAGGCCCCCCCGGUCCUGGUACACCAUUGAUGGCAAGUCCUCAAGAUUCAAACUCUGGUGGUGAAAACAUGUAUACAAUGAUGAAAUCUGUACCUGGCGGUAGUAUGCCAGGUGAAUUUUCAAUGGGAAAUCCUGACUCUGCGGGACCAUUAGGUCCAAUGGGACCAAACUCAAUGGGCCCUGUAAUGAAUGGUGAUGGUAUUGAAGGUAUAAAACGAUCUCCCCCUGAUGGGCCGAGCACACCAAGAGAUGAUAGUGGUAGUGGUAUGGGCGAUUAUAACCUAGGAGGAUAUGGUGGACCUGUGGACAACGAUCAAAAUGAAUCUGCGGCAAUAUUGAAAAUUAAAGAAAGUAUGCAGGAAGAAGCAAAAAGGUUUGAAAAAGAUUCUGACCAUCCAGAGUAUUACAUACCAUAAUAGUUGUGGGCAUUUUAAAAGCAACUCAUCAUCUCUGGUAUUUAGAAAAAAUUCUUGCCAAAAUGUAUGUAUAUUUAUAUUAUUAAUUAUUAUUUAUCACUUAAAGGUUUAAAGAUUACUUAAUAUCAUUGUAAAUAGUUCCCAGCGUGUCAUGUGAAAACGCUGUCAAUAUUAUGCGCUUCUUGUAUUUUGUUAUUUCUUUUAUAGUGUUUUAAGACAUUUCUGUGGAUCACCUUUACUCUUGUAUGUUAUAUUUUAGAUUAUUGGAAUUUAGAUUAAUAACUUAUGUAACCAAAGGAGUAUUUCAUAAAUAUCCAUUUUGGGCUUAAAGCUAAUUACCAUUAUUGCAAUGCAAGUUAUUAUAAUUUGUCCCCUAUGGAAGAAUGGACAUAAUAUUUAUUUCAAUACAUAAUUGAUUUUUUUAAACAAGAAAAUACAUUAACUUAAAUCAAGCAUAAUAUCAUUGAUAAUAAAAACAGAAUUUAUAAUCAAUAAUAAACAUAAAUGAUUAUAAAUUAAGUUCAUUAUCUCCACUAAAUAAUAUAUUAAUUAAAAAUUGCUAAAUUUACAAUUUGGUAUUUUUGAUCUUAUUAAAAUUAUGUUAAAUUUUUAUAAGUCGAUAAAUAUUAAGUAUGAACUUACUUAAUAGUUGCAACUGCAAUAAAGUUAUUGAUAUUUUAUUUUAUUUUUCCUGAGGAACUUAGUUUUAGAUACUGAAAUUGUUUCAAUAUUUAAGAACUUUCAGUAUUUAUGAUUUGAAACAAAAGUUUAGUGUUUUCAUACUAGUCCUAUAAGGAAAUGGCCAGUGAUGAGUUAAAUUUAUUUUUAUCAAAUAUUGAUAUUCGUUUUGUGAUGACAUGUGCUUAAACCUUGCGUGAUGUGUCUCCCUAAGCAUACCUAAAAAUUUAUAUGAUAAUCAGUAAUCUCUAAUUAGGAAAACAACUUAAAAAUAUCCUUGAAAUUGUUGGUUGGGAUACCAGUUCAUUUAAACAAUUAGAGGGUUAUAUUUAUUAUGCCCAUCAUUUUAAUUAAUUAUUAAAAACUUUAUUUAUUUUUGUUUGAAUUGUAUGUAUAAGAUGGGGGGAAUGAGAAAGAUGUAAGAUGAUUCUCUUAUAGACUCAUCACAUUAUCCUAGAGUGUACCAUAAACUUAUAUUGUAUAUUAAUUUUAACAUUUAAUCUAUUUUUAAACCAUUUUCAUCUUUGUGUAUGUAUGUUGCUGACUUAGUGAGAGGACAACUUAAAAUUUGUUGUUUAACUUGCAUGAACAUUUUUUUUUUUUUUGAGAAUUUUGUAAAACGCUCUAUUGCGUUCUGAUAUUGUUCUUAUUUAGUGUUAUAAAAUAUUGUUCUUAAUGUUUUUUCUACAUAGUGUGACUAUAUUCUCCCAACCAAACCCUGUCCAUAAAUAUUUUCUUCUUAAAGCUUAAUGCAAUUUAUUUAUUAAUUAAUUUUUUUUUUUUAAUUAGUUAAGGUAAUAUCUAAGUAUUCAAUAUUUGUAUAGUAUUAAAAGUAGUCUAGACAUUAUUAUUUAUUAUACUGAUAUAAAAAUAAAAUAUAUAGUUUGGCUCAAAUGUUUAAAGCGCUUUAAAUAUACGCGCAGAUAAUUUUGAAUUAUUAUUAAGUACAAUUCAUGCUUUAAUUAUGACUUCCAACUUGAAUGAACAAUGCUAUCUACAUUUAUUUUACAUUCUUUUUCAUGUGCAUUCAUCAAUAUUUUGAUACUUCCAGUUUUUUGUACCUCAUUUGUUCUUUUCUUUUCUCCAUUUUAAAUUUAAUAUUUUCCCACACUUAAUUUAAGAUUCUUUUGAAACAAACUAAAUCAUUUCACACAUUAAUCAGAAUUUAUAUACAUCUGUUAAUAAAUCUAAUUUGGUGUCAACAUUUUAUGUCAAGUAUUGUAAAGUAAAUCAAAAAAUUAAAUAUGGUUAUUUAAAAUUGUAUUGUUAAUUUUCAAAAACCUCAAUAGCAUAUAUUAUUAUGUAUGGUCUUAUAUCAAUAUUAUAAAUAGACAAAAUGCUGUCAAAUGUGAGAAUCUAUAUUGCUUUAUUGUAUAUAAUAUUGAUGUGUACAUAUAGGCUGUGGAUAAUGAAUAAUAUUUAGACAAUUAUUAAAAACAAAUUGAAAGCAAUCUACUUAUUGUUAAUCAUACAAACCUAUUUAAAUUUAAGGUAAUCUAGAAAAAUAAAUACAUUUAUAAUAUA